CCCGGGCUCCUCAGUGGCCGCCGGAGGAGGAAGUUCCGCUCCUGACAGAGCCGCGCGGUAGCGACAGCGGCGACGCGGCGGCGGCCGGGAGGGCGCUGGGGCUCGGGACGCGGAUGCCCUGCGCGCCAGCCGUCCGGUGGGCAGUGUCGAGCCCUCCCCGGAGCCGGGGCCGUGUCGGGCGGCGCGGGCGUCCGAGACCUGCUGCCGGUCCGCCCGGCGCGGUGGGAGACCGCCCUCCCUGUCGGCCGACUUCCGAGGAGACCCUGGUUUUUCCCGCCGCCGAGGGUGAGAGACCGCGGGACCCGAGCCUCCGAGGCGGCGAAGGGAACCUUCCCUGACUGACUCCGCGGAUCGGGCCGGGCGGCCUUCGGGGGCGCGAGACCCCCUCGGAGCACCCCGGGGCGCCGGCAUGGAAGAAGCCGCCGGGCGUCCCCGCUGCGGCGCUGCCCGCCUGGCCCAGCCCCGGGCAUGAGGAGGAGGCUGGCGAGAGCCCCGCACCCCCCGGCGAAGGCGCUGUCAGCGGGCGUGAGCCGCCAGUCGCGGGGCCACACGUGUGUCAGUGUCCCGGGCCCGCGCGGGGAGGCGCCCUGUGGAGGGAGCGCCGCCGUCCUGGCCGAGGAGAGCAGCUGCGUUCCCCCGUCGCUGCCCGGGCGUGGAAGGGGGUCCCAUGUGUCGCGCAUUGGCCGGGAGAGGAGGACUGGAUAACGCGUUUCGUGCGAGAGCGUGAAGGAUGACCGCCCCCGCGCUGCUGCCCCUGUCCGGACGGAGGAUCCCGCCCCUGAACCUGGGGCCGCCCUCCUUCCCGCACCACCGGGCCACCUUGAGACUUUCCGAGAAGUUUAUCCUCCUGCUCAUCCUCAGUGCCUUCAUCACCCUGUGUUUUGGGGCAUUCUUCUUCCUUCCAGACUCUUCGAAACACAAACGCUUUGAUCUGGGUUUGGAAGAUGUGCUGAUUCCGCACGUCGAUGCCCACAAAGGGGCGAAGAACCCCGGAGGCUUCCUGAUUCACGGGCCCGAUGAGCACCGACACAGGGAAGAAGAGGAACGUUUGAGGAAUAAAAUUCGAGCCGAUCAUGAGAAGGCCCUGGAAGAAGCAAAAGAAAAAUUAAAAAAGUCGAGAGAGGAAAUACGAGCAGAAAUUCAGACAGAGAAAAAUAAGGUAGUCCAAGAAAUGAAGAUUAAAGAGAAAAAGCCACUACCACCAGUCCCUAUACCAAACCUUUCAGGAAUAAAUGGUGGAGAUCCAGAAGAUGAUGACAUAAGAAAGAAAAGGGAAAAAAUUAAAGAGAUGAUGAAACAUGCCUGGGAUAAUUAUAGGAUAUAUGGAUGGGGACAUAAUGAACUCAGACCUAUUGCAAAGAAAGGACACUCUACUAAUAUAUUUGGAAGUUCACAAAUGGGUGCUACCAUAGUAGAUGCUUUGGAUACCCUUUAUAUCAUGGGACUCCAUGAUGAAUUCCGAGAUGGUCAAAAAUGGAUUGAAGACAGUCUUGAUUUUAGUGUGAAUUCAGAGGUGUCUGUGUUUGAAGUCAACAUUCGAUUUAUUGGAGGCCUACUCGCAGCAUAUUACCUUUCAGGAGAGGAGAUAUUCAAGAUUAAAGCAGUCCAAUUGGCUGAGAAGCUCCUUCCUGCCUUUAACACACCGACUGGGAUUCCCUGGGCAAUGGUGAAUCUGAAAAGUGGAGUCGGACGGAACUGGGGCUGGGCAUCUGCAGGUAGCAGCAUUCUUGCUGAAUUUGGAACACUGCAUAUGGAGUUUGUCCACCUUAGCUACUUGACAGGGGAUCCGGUUUACUACAAAAAGGUCAUGCACAUUCGGAGGCUACUUCAGAAAAUGGAUCGUCCAAAUGGUCUUUAUCCAAAUUAUUUGAACCCAAGAACAGGUCGCUGGGGUCAGUAUCAUACAUCAGUUGGUGGGCUGGGAGACAGUUUUUAUGAAUACUUACUGAAAGCAUGGUUGAUGUCAGAUAAAACAGACCUUGAGGCUAGAAACAUGUAUGAUGAUGCUAUUGAGGCUAUAGAAAAACAUCUUAUUAAGAAAUCCCGUGGAGGCCUUACCUUUAUUGGAGAAUGGAAGAAUGGGCACCUGGAAAAGAAGAUGGGACAUUUGGCCUGCUUUGCUGGGGGAAUGUUUGCACUUGGAGCAGAUGGUUCCAGGAACAAAGCUGGUCAUUAUUUAGAGCUAGGGGCAGAAAUUGCACGUACAUGCCACGAGUCAUAUGAUAGAACUGCAUUAAAGCUAGGCCCUGAAUCCUUCAAGUUCGAUGGUGCAGUAGAGGCGGUGGCAGUUCGGCAGGCUGAGAAGUAUUACAUCCUCCGUCCAGAAGUCAUCGAAACCUACUGGUACCUGUGGCGAUUCACUCACGAUCCAAGAUACAGGCAAUGGGGCUGGGAAGCAGCUCUGGCUAUUGAGAAGUAUUGCCGAGUCAGCGGUGGGUUCUCUGGGGUGAAGGAUGUUUAUUCCUCGACUCCUGCCCAUGACGAUGUGCAGCAGAGCUUCUUUCUCGCUGAAACGUUAAAGUAUUUGUAUCUGCUGUUCUCCGGGGAUGACCUUUUACCUUUAGACCACUGGGUGUUCAACACAGAGGCGCACCCUCUGCCCGUGUUGCAUUUAGCCAACACCACACUUUCAGGAAAUCCUGCUGUUCGAUGAAAGCAGCUCCAGAAAGACCAUUCUCACCUGUGUUUUGUUUACAUGGACCCUACAGAGGAGUCUGGAGAGGGGACUUCCGAAAACCUGAACCUCUACGUCAACAUGGCAGGGUGAAACAUGACUCGUUCCCACAGACUUUCAACUUGUAGAUAUCUCAACUUUGAAAUAAUUCCGUUUUAUACCUGACCAAAACAUACUCCGGUGUGUGUAGGAUGGAAACCUGGUCUGCUCUCAUUCUUAAUGAGAUGGUCACAUGAGAAAUGAGGCCAGUUACUCUCCGAUACUGUUUUUAGAGUCCAGGAACCUGGAGGCUUGACUUCCCAAGAAUAAGCCAGCGCGUGGAGCGUCUUCAGGAGUCCGAGAUGGCCUUGGCACCAGUUUCCAUUUGCCUCCUCCACAAGUGCAGCAGCUUUCAAAUCAAAUAUUUACACAUCGUUUAGCCCCAUUUCUCCAUUUUUAAUAAUGGAAUGAACUAAAAUCAACAAGAACCAAAAAACUGUAACUGGAUCAGCAGCAAGAAGACUCGGAAAAGAAACAGAAAUACUUACCCCUGUCUGAAUUUUCAAGUUCCCCGUUGGAUGACCAGACUGGCAACCAUUUCAAGUCCCAAUCCAUUCCAUUGAAAUUUCUUGGUUAAAUUUAAUUUUCUCUGGGGGUGUGAUCUUACAAAGAAUAUUCUUCAAGUCUUUGUCUCCAUAUGGAAUCAUUGAAGCUGUUUGUCAUGACCACUGCUUGUGAGCCUGGGCUGGGGAUUUGGUGCAUGUUGUUCAGUCUAGUGUUGGUAGCAUGACAAAAAGUGGAGGAAGUGCCAGUUUGUUGCCUUGAAACCUGUUCUAAGAGAAAGCGUUGGUUAUUUUUGGUAGGAGGCUAUUUUUCCAAACCAGCAAAUCUACCAAGUACAUUUUAACCUCAUUGUAAACUUAGUAGAAUCCCUCAACUUGCAACUUUAUUUAUGUGACUGGGCAAAAUGCAUUAUACUGUUAUGCAGCUCUGAAUUUCCUUGAUGAGCUAAAUUACUUUCACAGCUUAUUAAAUCAAAAACAAAAUACAUACAGUAAAAUGUCCUUAAGUAGUCUAUCUGAAAUGAGGACACGGGAUCCUUUAUUAUCUCAUCAGAUGACUGAGCUUUUCAAAAAUAUUCUUAUGUAAAAAUAAAUUUAACUUUUAUUUUCUCCAAGGAUAUUUAAAGGAACCCAAAGAGUGAACCAAAAUAGCUGCAAAGUAAUUUUUAGUGAUAAAAGUAAAAUGUAAUUUAUCAUAUUACAUUGAAUUUGGGAUAGAGCUAAAGGAUUUUCUCAUACCAUCAAUGGAUUUUGCAAAGAUAAUUCUUUUUAAAUAAAUUAUUUCUUUAUAUUUGGGGGAAGAACUUAAAUUUUAUCAAGAACUAUAUUGUAAGAUAAAUGUCUAAUGCUUAUGAAUUUUCUGUCCCUUGAAUUUAUGUCAUAGUGCAAGACACUUUUUCUUCUUUAUAUUUAAUACAAAUAGCUCCCAUUGAUAAUAAAAGUUGAGAGUAGUAUAAUUAGUCUAAUAUCUAGUCUGAAUUUGAAGAUUUCAUGAAACAAUGUGCAAGAAGCCCACCUUGAAAUUCUGAAGGCUUAUUCCCUUAUUUUGAUACUUCUUUUUAACCUUUCAUGGGCAUGUAGAUUUAAAUUGGGAAAAGAUUUACAAAUUCAUAUAAUUAAAUAUUUUCUAAGGGUAAUCAUCUUAUCCCACAAGUAAUCAGUCAGUCUUCACAUUUCAGCAAAUGAUCGAUAAUGAUAACCACUCCAAGUUUUUCAGUAUACAUAGAAAAUAAGGAUGUGGAGCCAGGUAUAUUAUUUAAGUCUUUAAGAGAGUUUGGUUUUAGCUCAUAUUUUGAAAUUGUAAUAUCUUUUACUACUUGAAAAUUAAGAUUUUAAAUGAGAAGGGUAGAUGCCUGUCACUUCAGAAGAGAAAGGGAAAGAAAGUAUUUGGUUCUAAAAAAUUAAAAACUUGAGUUGACAACGACCCAGAACAGCUGUGUAGAUGGCAAGGAACCCUUCCUUGUUUAGUUCAGAAGAAUUCAGAGUAAGAGGCCCUUCUGAGUUCCCCAGGAAGUUCUCAAAGAAUAAGACACAACCCUCACACCCGAAGGGCUCUGUUGACUGAGCGUAAAGAAGUGUACAAGCAAAGAAUCUGGGAGGGACAGUGGGAGGGUCUUCACCACUCCCCUGCCUUCCUUGUGAGCUUAUAGCGAUGCAUCCAGCUUUUCCUUCUGGAUACCAAAGGCGAUUAAAUUAAAGUCGGCUGCAAAUGACUUGCCAGUGUCAUGUUUGAUUUUUUUUAUGGAUUUUUAAAAUCAUUUCCUCUGAGAUCAAUCCUUAUGCCAUAUUCUGCUUAGUUUCCUAGAGUAUUCUUUAUUUCCUUCUGUCCUUGAUAGUCCUUUGCAUUUUGCAGGCCUAUUUCUGAGGUUAAAUAACUCAUUACAUGUAUAAAACCUUCUGCAAAGAGCCUAGAAAUCUCUUUACCAGGUGUCUCCUCAAAGAGUAGGCACCAAGGAAAAAAACAGAUGUUGGAAUACCCCUCUACGUUCUACCUUUAUUUCUUUUACAGUUUUAGAAUCACACCUUUUGUUCAAACCAAGGUAAAGUUGUUAAGGCCAAGAGAAUGUGGCCCUAACCAGUGGUCGGCAAACUGCGACUCGCGAGCCACAUGCGGCUCUUUGGCCCCUUGAGUGUGGCUCUUCCACAAAAUACCACGUGCGGGCGCACACGUACAGUGCGAUUGAAACUUCGUGGCCCAUGCGCAGAAGUCGGUAUUUUGUGGAAGAGCCCCACUCAAGGGGCCAAAGAGCCGCGUGUGGCUCGCGAGCCACGGUUUGCCGACCACUGCCCUAACCAAAAAGAAGACUCAGUGCAGAAAAGUCAGUCCCCAGGUAGAGGCUUCUUCCUUCCCGUGGGCAUAUGCUGUUUGGUGUCUCUGACACCAGCUCAUUCCUGUCUCUGAGCAGAUGUUGAUUUAUAACUGGGUACUGAGGGAAUGUGUUCCUUUUGUGGAAUGUUGACCCUUAUUUUCUGUGGUGUCAGCUAGGGCAAUCCAGGCCUUCGUUGGGUAGAUUUUAACCUAUCAGUUUGAAAUUUUGAUCAUCUCGUCGUUACUCUCCGUUGCCAAAGUCUUUGUCAAAACUACAAGUAUGCCAGUAAAUGACUGUGCUUGCCAUUCUUACGAGGCAGUGUCUGCUUAAGCCUGGAUUUCUCUGAGUGAAUGCAUGAGUGAGAGAGAGAAUGAUGUGUGCCAGCAGCAUGCGAGGCGCUUUCCAGCAUUAGAACACUUGUGGUUCCAGUGGCAUUCUCUGUAUGAGGAGUUCAUACCAUUUCAGAUGUUUCCCAGUAUGAAUCACGUUUCAAAAUGCUGCAUUUUAUAUUUCAUUGAAAUUAAGAGUAAAAGAAGUUGUUUAUAUUUUAAACAAUGUGUUACUAUAUAAUCCCAAUAGCUAUAAUUGUAGUUAAUAACUAACAUCUCUUGGAAAAUGUCAAAGAAAUAUUUGAUUUCUGAUGCAACUUGGACUAAAAUAUUUGGAAAUAAGUGCAAACAUUCUUAUUUUGCUAAAUCACUUUAAUUAGAUAAUUAAAAAUUAAUGUUUUCUAGAAAUGCUGGUUAUUUUCUAUUCAGAAAUCUUGGCACAUAAUUCAUGGGUAAAACUUGCGGUUGUGUAUUGUUUUUGCUCUGCUGUGUGUCCUACUAGUGGUUGUUCCAUGCUGUUAAAUAUAAAGAAAAAUAUACUAACCUAAUUCUAAGUUCCAAAUAAUAGUUCCCAGUAAUAGUAUUUUGAGUUCUUAUUUUUCCUUAGGUUUCUUUCCCCUCAAAUUGGCUAGCUCAUAUCUUAUCCACUUUUUACAUAAAUUUAUACAAAAAUACAUUUAUACAGAGAGAUUUUUAAUACUGUGUAUUAACUAAUAAACACAAUUGUUCAUUGGGUUUGGCUGCACAACUAAGCAGAAUAUUGGAAUAACCCAGAAUGCUCUGGAGAUAUUUUAAUGCACUUAUUCUGGUUCAAGAACAUUGGUGGUGGUGAUUUCCUGUUCCUUUGGCUCAUUUAGAUCAUGAUGGGGAUGUUCCUUUUGGCUAUGGCUCAGCAAGCUUUUCUGUAAAGGUCUAGACAAAUAUUUAUUUGUGAGCCAUCCAGUCUCUGUCUGUGCUACUCAAUUCUGCUGCUGAAACAGGAAAGCAGAUAUAGGCAGUAUGUAAAUGAAGGGGCAUAGCAGUAUUCCAAUAAAACUUUAUUUACAGAAAUGUGGAGGGCUAUGAUUUUGCCCACGGGUCACAGUUGUUAAUGUUGAUCCCAAAGUUUAAUUUGUGUAAGACCCUGCAAUAUUUGAUUGCAUCUUUUCUUUGUAUUUGAGUUCUGUAAUUCAUUUUUAAAGCGAAAAGAUGGGUGUGUGUAAGAUUGCAUGUAUUUGUGUCACCUAAAGCUAUAUAUUUUGUUGUCUUGAAAAUAGAUACGCUCCACUGGAGUCUGUUCAGGUUUCAGGAUGCAGCUAUCAUGAGGGAGGCACAUUUUUUGUCCCUGGGGUGUGCUGUCAGCCACCUACUGGCCUUGCCUUGUCAUUUAAUGCCACACUUACGGAGUCCCAGGUAAAACGAAGUGUUUCUGUGGUGUCGAGAUAGUAAUCCUCGCUAAAUUCUGCCUGCUCAUUGACCUUGGGCCCAAGACUCCGGAUUACUGGGGCUGCAGAAACCCCUCCGCUUGAGUGCUUCUAGUCCUCCAACUGUACGAUUGAAUCGCUGACCUUUGUGCUGCAGAAUCCGAUCUCGAAAAUUUUUCAGCAGCAGAAAAUGGGUUAUGUGCCGUUGGGCAGCCACUAUUGCCCUUUUAGACUGCAGAAGGGUCCUGCCCUGCUCGCUCUAGACCUGCCCACAUCUGAGAAGAAGUAGCCAAAGGUCAGCUCCCUUCCUCCUCCUCGGCGUAACUCUCCUGAAGCCCUUCACUAGUCCUUAGCAUUAUUUCAGAAUGUUGAUAUGCAUCAGAUUCAAAUUCAGGUACCUCUCAAUCUCAACAUUACACUUCAUGUUGAACAUUUUAAACUUUGCUUGAGCCCAGCAGAACUCAUGAGAUGACAGCACCAUAUUCCCCGUAGAUACAUUGCAAUGCACUGAUCAUCCUGAGCUAAUAGAUCUCUCACUAAGAAGUUUAUCAAACAUUUCACGAUUUUUGGAAAUUCUAGAGGAGGGGCAGCCUGUAGUCAGAGGGACAGGGAGCACACAUUGUAAAUGAGCUCCCUCUCUAGGUCCAACACACUAUGCAGGUCACUGCAGCUCAGUGUGAAAGUGAGUGAGAUGACAAACACAGAAACCCACACACGGAGGAUUCUAAGCCACUGCAAAUGUCUUGCAGCUAUUGGCGUACUGCAGAAUUGGACUGCAGAUUGCAUACCAGAUACUUCCAUGGAGACAAGCUCAGCUCGGGGAAAAUUAUUUUUUAGGAAAUUUAGAAGUUAGCUUUUGUUGGGUUAAUUAAAGUAUCCCCAGUUUUAAUUGCUGGAUUUGGAAGUUGAAAUGCCAUUGCUCAAUCCUGCUGGUCUCAAAUUCACUGAUAGAAUUUUUCUUAAACUAUUUAACUGGGGUAAGUGUAACCUCUUGAAUCAGUACCCACUGACCGCUCCUGAACUGAUUUCCAGUCAUGUCCUCUGUAUGUGAUUUUUAUAAAUUAAAGGUAAUAUUGUAUAUUAAAGAUAAAAUAAAGAUGUUCUUUAAGUGAA